GGGGAAGUUCUCUAAUCUUUUAAUUGCAAUUGUUUAGUUAACAUCGCAAUGGAGCUUUCAUUAACAAUUAUCCUAGUACUGUACAGUUUGGUAGUAUUUGCUGGUUAUGCACCCACCUGGGAUUAUUGUAGGUGUCGGUGGUGGGAUUGGGAAGCCUGGCGUUCGUGUAGUGUGAGUUGUGGGGGAGGAUUCAGGCUUCGAAUACGAUAUGUAUCAAUGUACACCUACUGUCAAAAAUUUGAGAUGUGUGCUUCCCCUGAUAUGUAUAGAGACGUAGAGAAAUGUAAUCAGAAUUGCUAUAAUGGAGGGACGUAUACAAAUAAAUGUUUAUGUGCAAAUGGUUGGAAUGGAAAAUGUUGUUCGAAUGAAAUAAGAUGUGGAGAUCCAGGUUCCCUUGAUAAUGGAGUAGUUCUGGGAUCAGAAUACACUUACGGGAAAACAGUGAACUAUUCUUGUAACAAACAUUACAAUCUCAUAGGCGGAUCCCAAAUCCGGACUUGUCAGUUGUCCUCGGACUGGAGUGGAAUAAAGCCAAGAUGUGAAUAUGAAGAACAGACAACGAAAGCAGACCUAAGUAAAAAUAGACAACGGAGAGUACUUAAAGGUAUGCCUUCUUUCUUAAAAAAUGCGACAAAAUCAAGGACUGUAAUGUUUAAAUUAUAUGUCGAAACAAAAUAA